AGUUGACAUUUCUGGUUAUUUGCGGCUUUUUUUGUUGUGGACGAGAAGCGAGGACGAUUCAUGUUUGAAGCCCGAGCUCUAUCAUUGUUGUUGCUCAUUGUACUCGUCACAUUAACAUCGAUACGGCGUGUGCGUGAUAUGGAGCUGACGCAGGAGCUCGUGAAGAAGAAAAUCGAGUUGCUAGAGCAGCAGAAAGCCAAGUCGACUAAGCUGAAUGAACUCCUCGAUGCACCUGGCGGAUUCAACGAGGUCUCUCGUAAGACGUGCAAGAACUUGGAGGCAGCCAUCACAGCAUCCAAGCGGCCAGGAUACUUUGCGUACUAUGAGCAACCUCAACACGUCAAGAACAUCCUGCGUAGUGGAGAGGUGCAACGAUUGCAAGAACAAAUCUUACACCUCCAAAAGCAGAUCGAUCAGCUCACUGAAAAGAUUGAGAAGAGUGCCGAGGGUCAAGACGUAGGGUACACUGACACCACGAUCACCAGUUUGAAGCAUUGGCUUGCAACCUACGGCAUGCCAAAGCAGCAAUCAACCUCCGACCUGUUCACCGUCUUCACUCCAGACAGGAAGGUCUACGGUGGAACGACGCAUUACUCCGCUUUCCGCAGCCAGUCUAGCACUAUGAAGAAGGGCCGCCUAACCAAGUGAUGAACAACACUAAACGAAGGAUGAAUAACUAGAACGGGAACUACGUGUUGAACCUUAAAAUCCCUCGAAUAAAGAGAGCUACAGCUCAUUUCAGAUGUGUACACGAGACACUUAGAAAGUCGAGUACUUGCCGAGCUUCUCCACGUCACGGAAGUCCUCGCCGGCGUAGCGAGCCUUGUUGCCAAGCUCCUCCUCAAUACGCAGAAGCUGGUUGUACUUCGCAAGAC